AUGACUCUGCAGCUCUGACUGAUAUAGCCUAUAUUUUGCUUUGUGGCCGCCAGGUUGCCGACAACAAUGUGAGAUGAUAAGAUAAAAACAAAAUCAUGUGUGAAGCAGUUGAGAAAUCUUUUAAUUUGCCUGCUGUUUCUGGGUUACAGUAUUUUUUACAAACAUAUUAUUGUGGUAGGGAUGGAUUUCUCAGUAUGACAGUGGUCCAGGAAACAACACCAAGUUUUAGAGGAGGGUUGAUGCUGAACUGAACUGCUCUUCUUCAGGUGCUGAAGUAACAGCUUCUACCUCCUCCUCUGCAACUACUUAAUUCUGUACUUCAUCUUAUUGUCAGUGGCAUCCACAAUUUAAGGGAGAAAUAAUUGAAACAAAGUAAAAUGAUGAGACGAUAGAGUACAUCAACGGUGCGAAAUGACAGAUGAUCUGUAAUCCAGAGAGGGAUAGCUGCAUUCCAAGACCGACAGCUAGGUAAAAUGGAAGAUGGAGGGGAACUGGACGAACCUGCUGCAGGAAAUGAAAAAUACUACAGUCAGACAGAGCCCAGCCUUCUCACAUGUAUUUACACAAUUUGAUCAUUUUUAGCAUUAGAAAAAUCUCUGACAUGAUUAGUUGUAGAAUUUCUAGUCAAUUUACCGACAUGCGGACAGAUAAAACAUAACUUAUUUAAGGAUUAUGAGUGAUGAAGCAGGUCAUAGACGGGGUGCCUACUAAAGUAGUCAACAUUUGCAGGACACAUCAUCCAUAUUGCUUGGCAACUAAAGACGCAACAGGUAUUUCAGAUUCAGUAUUUAAGAGGAUGGGUCUUUUUUAAUCUACUAUUUGUAAAAGGAUUGCAAAUUCGCUUCACUGCUUUCAUGAUGGAAUUGAUUUCCAAUGCGCAGUUUUCUCCGCGACUCCGUGUUAGCUCAUGGUUGGCCAACAUCUAUUUUCACUGUUCCCAGACUUUUUUUUUUUCCUUUCUCUUUUCUCCUCCUCUGUGGGCUGAACGGGCCGGCUGCAAUUUGGGAUUCUGCUUUUAUAUGGCGGACGAAAUUUUCCACAUCAGGAACCUCGACACUCAACCCUCCUGCCCGGGUCUGACGCGGAAAAGCCGCCGCGCGGACUUGACUGCGACCACCGAGUCCGAUUCAUCCACAUCGGCUUCGCCAUUACUCCUUUCUAAAAUGUAACGUAGCGCGUCGCGACGGAAACUCAAUCAAAAAAAAUAACCCCCCCCCCCCUCCCCACUAAAAAAAUUCUCAUAAGUAAUUCACAAUUUUUGCGGGGUGGAGGAAGCGGUCGCAGUCUGCCAAGGAGGAGAUCCGUUGGUGUCCUGUCUCGCAUGAGCUGCAUCAUUUUCGCAGAAUUACCGGGUCAGAGGAGGCGGAGACAUGAGUGUAAAAGAGGCAGUCAAUCCUGCAAAAGAGCCAUUGGAUGGUGCAGGCGCGGCGACAGAAAGUGUGUCACCAACUUUAGCUGCUACAACCAAAACCUCAAGUCCUCCACCCGUCACCAUCAAGAAGGAACCGGGGCUUGCUGAGACAAGUAAUGGGAAGGUGGGCGACUCCAACCCGGCUGAGAUCUGCGUCGUCAUUGGGGGAAAUGACUCCAGAACGAGUGGCGCCGCUUCUCACCGGUCACCCGGUGACGUCAUGUUCGCGUUGGGGACGCCUCCGCCCAGCAAGAGCACCGACUCCUGCAUUGGCUCUUAUGUGUGCGGCGUGUGUGGGAAGAAGUACAAGUACUACAACUGUUUUCAGACUCAUGUGAGAGCUCACAGAGAAUCAGAGAGCAUGGUCAGUGAUAGUCUACCCCCGGCACCUAACAGUAGCUUCCGUUACUCUUGUGACAUUUGUGGCAAGAAGUACAAGUACUACAGCUGCUUCCAGGAACACCGGGAUCUACAUGCUGUUGAUGAUCCAUAUGAACAGCUAGUACUACCCGAUGGCCUUAAAGAAGAAGAGCCAAUCGAGCCUUUUCAGAAAAUUGGACCAAAAAGUGGGAAUUAUGUUUGCGAGUUCUGUGGGAAGCAGUACAAGUAUUUCAACCCCUACCAGGAGCACGUUGCUCUUCACGCGCCCUUAGGUACUUUAAGAGACAUCAAAGCUGCACAGAUACAGGAAUGUGGGAGCAUGGAUCUGAGUAAAUAUGGCCAAAGUGGAAAGAUAAAAAACAGCCCGUUCAAACGGAAACUGGAGAGUGUGAUUCAGUCUAGUCUGGUCGACACCAACAGUUCGCAGAACUCAAGCGGAACACCAAGCCCUCUAGUGGCCACCUCCUUCACUGCAACACAGAAACCCUACUCUUGUGGGGCCUGUGGUAUCCAGUUCCAGUUCUACAACAAUCUGCUGGAGCACAUGCAGUCCCACGCUGCUGACAAUGAGAACCAUACCAAAGGGGACUCUCCGAAAUCUUCCUCAGCCUCUGGUCCUCAGGAGCAAAUGUGGAGGGCUUCCCAGGCUCAGGCCCUUCCCUCAGUGAAACUUCAGAUCAAGCCUCAAAACGUCUCCCAGAGGAACCACGUCGUCAGUCAGAACAACGGACUUCCUGAGAAGGAGCGACAGCAGGUGGCUGAGCGGCUCUUACGGGUAAUGUGCACCGACCUGGGCAUGCUCAACGUGCUCAACAGCAAGGACUUUCUCAAGCUGGCCCAGACUCUGGUGGACACGGGGGCUCGACAUGGUGCUUAUUCCACCCGCGACGCCCUCGGCAACAUGAGUGCCUUGGCGCUGCGGCAGCUGCCUCACAUGUACAACCAAGUCAAGGUCAAGGUCACGUGUGCUCUUGGCUCCAAUGCGUCGCUCGGCAUCGCUGUCACGUGCCACUCCCAGACAUCGGGUCCAAAUGCCUGCUAUGUUCUGACAGCGUACCAGGUGGAAGGUUGCAGACUGAAGCGGUAUGUUCUCGGCGUUCGGGAGGCAGAGCUUCGUGAGGGCCCUGAGCAGAUCCACCACUGGGUACAGAAUGUCCUGUCAGAGUUUGUCAUGUCGGACAUUCGCACAGUGUACGUGUCCGAGUCACGGGUUUGGGCGGCAGGGAUCGGGGGAUCACCACUCGGCAGCGGUUGUCGCAGCAAGAUCUGCCUGCGAUGUGCUGGUUGCUCUUUGGGUGCCGUCGUCCAAGCUGUUCUUGGGAAGCGCAGCCUUCAGGCUCGAGGCCUCCACGAGCUGGCAGAACUUCUCCUAACCUGCCGAGACAUCGCCUCCUCCACCAACCUGGUGCUUCGAGAUGAAGCCUCCACCAAUAUGUCCACAAGCACAACAGAAGAAGCCUCACAGCACAGCCCAGCACAAUGCCCGACCCCUCCUUGCUGGGACCGCAUGGCUGAAGCACUUCUGCAGGUCCAUGCACACUUUGAGCAGAUUUGUGAGGCUUAUGGCCGAAGUAAGUCCACGGCUCCGCUUCUCCAAGGUCUCAACAAGCAUUUGCUAGGAACUCUGGCGUGUCUGCUGGCUCCGCUCCGUCUGGCGGCACUGGAACUGAGCCGUCAGAGGAGACCAACCCUGCAGCAGGUGCUCCCCGUCUACCUCCGCUUGGAGAAGUUCUUCACAGCCAAAGCUGGUGAGGCUGGAACUGGAGUGGCCAGCAAACUCUGCCACUACUUCCUAGAAGCACUCAAGGAAAAUUUUAAGGUGGAGCGAGCGCAUCAGGUAGCAAUGAUCCUGGACCCGCAACUGAAGCUUCGGUCCGUUCCGGCCUACCAGCACGAGGACAUCAUCACCCGCGCCUGUGAAAUGGCCGUCGAGUCCAGAGAUGGAGGUAUGAGCGGUAGCGGAGUGUCCAGUUGUGAGGACCGAGACACCGACGGCCCUUCGACUCCUAAAAUUAGCCGCGUGGAUGGAGGGGGUAACAACGGCAGCGCUUCCAGAGGAACCUCGUCGUCAUGCGCCUUCUCAGGCAACGACGACGGUCAGAGCCAAGUCCGACAGGAGAUUUUCCAAUACCUGGCUGAGCCUCCUCUCCAGGGCUCCACCGAUCUUUUGCAGUAUUGGAGCGCCACGGUGGCUGAAAAAUUCCCCAAGCUGGCUCGCCUGGCGCUGUGGCUGCUGGCGGUGCCCGCCGUGGGGAUUCGCAGCGAGUGCAUUACGGUGUGUGAGCAAAGUCUUGCCAUGAAAAGGAGGCAGCAGGUCACUGCCGAAGAAAUGAACAAACUGAUUUUCCUCCGCUCCAACAUGGGCUAGAACCAAACCUCCGGAGUUUUAUUUAUUUAAAGACACUUUAACGCAACAUUUCUUUGGAAUGAUAAUAGCAUACAGCAAUGUCCGAAGCCUAUCACGGAUUUUCUAUAGACAUAGUUUUGAGGAGGGUGGAACGUGUACAUGAACAACAUGGUCUAGUUUGGUACAUCCCUCCUCCGUUUGGGAUGCAUCCGUAAUGCGAUUAAAAUCACUAGGCUUUAUGCUGUUACUGUCACUCAGUGGCAACAAUGUCAGGUUACGUCAGCAUCCACUGCUCUUACCGUGCUGUAAAACAAACGCCCUGGGUGAAUAGCAGCUGUGUUUACAUGGACGUGUACAGAUGAUGUGACAGUUCUUUGACUAUUGAUUUUUGUCCCAGUUGUGUUGAAGCAUCGAGGUUAAGAUCCCUUUAUGGACAGAAUUUCUCACUGCAGUCUGGGCGGAAAGCGUCUUCAUGAUCUCAUCAUCUAUGCUCAUGAGCUUUGGGUAGUUCCUGAAUAAACGGCCUAAGUGAGUCUUCUCCUGCCUGAGAGAUGGUGAGAAGCUCACUGUCCUAUAGAGAUUCCGUAGAAGUCCUGCUGCUUAAGCCUCUUGUCAGGGUGAUUGACCUAGUGAGGCGUUCCAAACACGGGCGGAGGGCUGUGACUUGGCUCACCCGGGACAGUUCCUAACAAAGUACUUCAAAUUAUGAGCGAGAAAGACGUCUCCACCUCUCUCUAUAGUUCAAUCCCAUCUAGUCUUUUCCGAUGAUGCGCUGAUCUUAAUUUUGAGCCUGGCAAACUCUAUGACAACUUUUGCCACUCCACGCCAUCGAUCACUACCUUUUAAAAUUUUUAAAUAAGGGGUUAAUUUAAUCACUAAUGUUUGCAUCUAUGAGUCGUCAUGACUUCAUUGCAGUGAACAGGUGCACGUUGAGUUUCUUGUUUUAAAAGUGCAUUGUAGAAUGUUGAACUAAUACCUCAGACUCCCUGCAGCCUUUAAGCUGUAGACAAACUUUUUUAAUAACGUGUAGCUCUUGAUGAUAUUAUGUUAUUAAUGAUGGGUAAUUAAUUCCUCAGUAUAUAUGAAUUUAUUCUGCUAGGUGAUUGAAUUGUUGCCGUUUAUGUGGUGAGAAAAGAGUCUGAUCUGACACUCACUGUACUGUGUAAGACCCUUCCGUCAUCGUACUUCUUGAUCCAUUUGUUAAAACAAACGCCUGUCUGUAACCUAGCAACACCUGCUGCUGUGAGCCGUUUUGUUUGUGGAGCUUUUGCUGUUAAGGCGUUGGCUCUGCAGCUGCGGCUAUUGCUUCAGUCGCAGAGAUGGGCAGUGCUGAGCCACUCUUAUUGGUGGAGGAUGGAUUUGCUGGUCAUGUGACAGGGAGUAAACAUGAUGCAGAAAUCAUUCCACCAAGAAAGGAUGGAUGCCGUUCCAUGCAAUCCAGCCCUUGCGAUCUGAAUGAAAUUUAAUUUGGAACAAGCCGGAUGGUGUCAUUUUGUUCUGUAUGGUGAGACUGUCUCUAGCAUCCACGCUGGCCAGCCUGAUCCACUACAUGCUUUUAGAUCUCUAAUUUUAAGGAAAGAAGUUAGCGACCAGCUGACACACUAGCUCAUAGCAGUAUGGAUGACAAGAACAGUGGGUCUGUUUUUCAACUUUUCAUCAUUCCAACUGGGGCACCAGCUUCCAAAGUGGCUCUUCGUCGUACUGUCCAUGUAACCAUUGCUGUUGUGAUCCGAGGGUUUCAAACACUGAGGCAUUAACAGCCAACAAGAACAAUAAGGUACAACUGCCAGUGCACAGUUUACUGUUGGGAACUUUCAGACAGGUUCCCUGUUUCUACACACAGGAAGACAGUUGAACAAUUGUUUCAGGAUAAUGUUACUUACUUGUUGUCUAAUGUAGCAGCAGGUCUUUUGCAUUCAGAGAAACAUUUAUUUAUUUAUUUCACAAGGUAGACAAUCACACAUGGCUUCUGUUGUGAAUGUUGUCACAUUGGUAGACUAUCCAGGGAACUAUGUAGUAGCUCUUUAAUGAUGUAAGAUUUUCAAACGCUAUCAAGACUAGCAAACAGUUGGUUAUUUACACUUAAGCUGUUAACAAUUGUGUUGUAAUCUCUGUGAAAACGAUGCGAAUGUCAAAAUUGGAUCAUCAGUUCAUUGGCUCCCUGUUGAUGAGUAUAUCUGAAAAUAACUUUUUGUCUCACUCUCAAGCUAAAUGGAAUAUUUAGAGCCGGAUCGCACUGUAUUGGAUAUACUCAAUAUAGAAAUGGCUCAUGUUAAAAAUGUUGAACUAAAUUGUACUUCUUAAAUUCAUAAUCCAUAUUUUUUUGGCCCGUUUCUGGCCACUCAUUGUCUAUACUACUACUACUACCACCACUACGACUACUAUAAAUAAUAAUAAUAAUAACUGAUGGUCUAUUUCCCCUUCUUUUUUUAUUUUCACUUCCCCCUUUAGUUCAGAUAUUGAGUGAAUACAUUUAGGAACUAAGACUGCUUGUCUAUCCCUCGCUCCAUUCAUGUCUAGAGCGUUCUGGGUUUCUAAAAUACUAGUUUUAUCUUGGCUGUCAGUCAUGAGUUGUGUGUGUCUUAGUGAGUGUGUGGCCCACUGUCACACAUGCUUGUGCUCCUAUGAAUUGAAGAACUAAACAGCCAUUGAUCAUAUAUCACUCAAAAUGCACAACAAAUGUUAAGUUCAUGAAAGAUAACAGUAAUGGAUCGGAUCUUCUGGACUGAUGCGACCUAGAAAAAACAGAAACAACUCUCAGUCAGUCUCAGUAACUGUUGACUUGAGUUUAUUGUAUUAAAAAUGUCUGGAAUUGUGUAAAUGGACCCUAAAAUUCAUGUCAGCUUCUUUUCAUUUUAGAGGGGCCAGAAGGGGGAUUUUCCGGGUGAAAACUGUUGAGAGGACUUUUGCACAUGACCUCGUAUGAAAAGGCCAAGACAGAUCAGACUGCUCUGUCAUUUUUCUCUCCAGUCAGUCAUUUCGCAAAUCGUCCCAAAGUAAAAACAUCAGAUAACAUUAUUGUAUUUUUGUUAAAAUGUAACCCUCAGAAGUUCAUUCAUCUCCUCACCAAGGUUUUCAUGAACCAGGCAGGAAUUUUAUACAGUAAGCUUGUUUCCCCACUUGUCUUCCUCUCAGAUUUUUUUGGUUUUCAGGGCAAUAAGCACAGGGGUUAUGAUUUUUGACGGACUAUUUUCAACCGUUUCAGUUCUCCAGACGUUAUUUAAUUUCGUGAAAUCGCUGGGAUUUUCUCAGGAAUGAGUGCACCCAACACUUUCCUCCCUCACUGGAAUACACACACACACGCGCACACACACACACACACAGUAUUCUGACCUCAAAGCUGAGGUUUGUACCGAACCAUGACUUGUGCCUGACGUUCCACCCUCGAUAACUCAGUUCCAUCUAUAGCCAACAAACAAACAUUACAGAUUGUUUCAUCAAAAUGGCUCUCGAGUUGUUCUCAAGAUAUUUAUUAUUGUGCGGAAAACCAUGUAAUACCUCCUACCAUGACAUGGACGAAUGGAAAUGUCACUGUGUUUGUUGCUAUGUCAUCCGGGCCUUAAGUCGCUUCCAUGUUCAUUUCUGAAUUGGACCCAACAUCAUGCCUUUAAACUGCUGAUUAUGGCCUUUGAAAAAAAAAGAAAAAAAAAAGGUUGUUUUUUUUUCUCCCCUCCGUCACACAGCAAUGAACUGUAACCUUUACAGGUUAAACCUGGGCAUUUUUUUGUGUUCCUGUGUGGAAGCUGUCACGACUCAGACACACCUAAGCACAACAUCCACUGUCACAUCUACUGGUUCUUGAACAUGGACUACACUGGUUAAGUAGCAACACACAUGCUCUGUGUGUGCUGGUGUCUUUUCUUUCUGCUUACACUCGUCUUGCAAUAAGGGCUGGGCGGUAGAACACCACAUUUAUAUCCCGCACUGAAGGUGUGAGCUUCACUGUAGCGCAGCCAAGUGAUUUCUGAGCUUGACCUUUCACGCAAAACCCCAUGAAAUGGCAGUCAGAACUUCCCAUGACUAGCGUAUGAAUUCUCUCUAUUGAAAUGAGGACCAAUGGCAUUGGCUUAAUUGUACUUUAGUCACUUUGAUACAUGGAAAAUGAAUUCUAAAAUUUGGCGGCACAUUUGUGUUGUAACAUAAAUUGGACUUGACAAUCCUGAUGCAGAUCUGCUGCACUUCAAAGUUAAGACUGGAGGAAACUAGCUUACACAACACACAGCAACAGCAUGCUGUUGUUCUGGUUUCGUUUUUCAAUGAUACAUUACUUUUAACUCGCUUGAAAACUGCCUCAUUUUGAGUUCAUGUUUUUGACUGUUUAUUUGUCCUGUUAAACCAGAUCAUCCACAACUGUUUGAAUUUACUGUUGGACUCAUUUUACAUGGAUAUGUCAAAGCUUUUUUUCUGACAUUUAAGAUGGUGUACAAUCGGAAAUUCUAGUUGUAAUGUCAAUGAAAGUCAAUUUUCUCCCGCCUGCCCUUAUUUGCCAAAUCCAUUGAAUCUUUGAAAGAGAAUGAGUCCGCUCUGACUUAAUGAUUUGUGUUUUUAAUCACAUUCUCAACAGCUGAUUUCCACUCCAUAAAUGUUCCAUUUUACCUCUGUAAAGUAUUCACACAUCUGUUUCAACUCACUUAAAGUGAUCCUUCUUCAGCUGAUUUCUUCACAUUUUAAUGAAAAAUGCUGUAAAUUCAUGACUUUUUUUGUUAUAAAUAUACUCAGCCAGUGUUUUACCUCAAUACAUUGUAAAAAAAAAAAAGUUAAAACAAAACAAAACAAACAAAAAAAAGCUAUUUGUUGUAAGUUAAAAAUCAAAAUACUGUGCUCCGGUUUGUCGGCCUCGGCUGCAACCGGCAACAUUUGACUGAUGAAGGGAUUUUUAUGGUAAUUUUUAAGCAAGUAUUUUAACAUAGCUCUGGGACACAAUGCCAUUGUUGACGUGACAAUGUCGACUGAAAUCUUCUUGGAGAUAUUCCUCUGUUGUUUAUUAUUAAAUUAAAAUUAUAUAAAGGAUAUGCAUGCUUUUAGUAAGAUAUAUAAAGUUUUAAGCAACUGUUUUUGGACGAAUCAUGUCAAAAUGAGCGAAACCCUGAAUCAUUAUGGGAUGGCUGAUGAGCUUUUGGUGGACUUGCCGUGUAAAUAAUAAUAGAGAACUGCUGUUUUAGGCCACACGAGGCGCCGUCAUUUCAGAGAUCGUAGGGAGCACCAAUAACAUUAUACCUCUCUUUUUCUACAGUAGCAUUUCAAAAUUUUUUAAUGAAUAGUAACUCAGAUACUGUUAUUAAAAACUCAGCUGUAAGUUUGUUUCAGGAUUUUAACUUAUUCAGAUAAUACAAUUGUAAAAUAUAAAUAAUAUAGGAAUGCUAAUGUGAGACCUUCUCUGUUUCAACGACGAAUUAUGAUCUGCAUUCAGGUUACAGACUAAGUGUUGCUUUCAUCCUAUUUUACAGGCAUUUAUUCCUUUUUGUACUCUGAAGAGAAAAAAAAAUGGUUUGUUUAUUUCCGUUUGUCUUUUUUAUCGCACUUUGGCAGCAGAUUCCUGUGUAGAUCUGAGUUGUCUUAUUAGUAAGCCUAAUUUAUACUUUUGUAGCAACACUAUUUUUAUAUACUUGCAAAGAGAAAAAGGUUUUGUGUCUUUCGUUGUUGUUUUUCUGUGUCAUAUAAGGCAGCGCUCUUCAAUGUUUUCUUGUAGACAUUACCCUCUGUAGUGUGUGACAUGUGAAUAAACUCCACUCUGUGUCUAUUGUGUCCUUGUUUUUACAGAGUGGGACCAUCCCUGAAGGCACAUUUACAUUCUGUUUACGUAAGAAAUAGCACCAGUCCGUUUCAAAUGUUGUUACCGUCACUGGUCACAUAGAUUCCAUGUGCUCUUGGCGUUGGUAUUGCUGUUCCCCAGUAUUUCCACCAGGGGGAGCAGCCAAAAGGCUUUUAAACAACAACAAACUCCAAAACAAACAUGGUAUUGUACUGAUAGUACAUCUUGGUGGCGGUGGCCGGUGAGGCCGUUAAAUGUACCGCAACUGAAAGACUGAGAAUUUCUGCCAUUGUUAUGUCUUCAUCCUGUUUCAUUACAGGUAGAUGACAGCAACACUGAUCCGUUUGGUCCAUAUACUUGGUCU